UCGGGCACUGUUCCCCUAACCGUGGCGUCCCCCUCUCCUCCCAGCCCAGGAGCUACGGGAAGAUGGCGUGCCUGCCCGCCGCCCCGCCGGCGCUGGCCUUGAGGAGGUGGCUGGGGCUCGGGCUCUUCGUGCUGCUCUGCCUUAGCCGAGGCUAUGCACUGGAGAAGAAAGUAGUCAAAAGCAAAGUGGGGGAAAAAGUCGGCCUGCCUUGUUGUCAUGAAAUUCCCAGCUCGGAAAGCCUACAUAAUUACCGGGUCUACUGGCAGAAGAACACCACGGAGGUAGUGCUUGCCUACGCAGAGGGGAGGAUGAUCUCCAAGCACGAGCGGUAUGAGAACCGGACAGAGAUGGACACCAGGAACCUCACCCUGUGGAUCUCCCCCAUGGAAAUCCUGGACAAUGGCCCUUACCAGUGUGUAGUUCAGCACCUCAGAUUUCCACAGAACUCAGUUGUUGUGUGUGAUGAGCCUGUCACCCUCUUUGUUACAGCUGACUUCAGUAAGCCGAACAUAACAGCAGAAGUAUCCACUAAUUCUUGUGAAUCAACUGAGAUGGUGGUAAGAUGCUCUUCUCAUGGAGGUUUCCCCAAACCCAAAAUCUCUGGAGCCCUCAACAACGUGUCUGUGGUGUGGAAUGCCAGCUGGGUGUCCGAGUCCAGCCUCAGCCCGUACAACGUCACUGGCAAACUGUGGCUCAAUGUGACCAAAGACGUCAGUAUCACUUGCUCCGUUGAACACAAUGGCCUUCUCAAGUCCACCAGUUUGCUUCUGAAAAAACCAAAUACCUGCUUUGUCCCUACUGUGCCUCCAUCUUAUAAUGUCAUUACUGCUUCAAGUAUCAUCAUUAUCAUCUUCCUUUUGGCUAUCACCCUAGCAGCAAGAUACCUCCCAAGGCAUGUCUGUUCUCACUAUUGUAAGCCUCAGGAUUCAGUGGAAGAGGGUGUGAAAGAAUGUAUGAAGCCACCCAUGAGCUCUAAAGGGACAUCUGAAACAUCAUUUCUAUGACCAGAUCAUGUUUGCAGGUUUCUUAUCCUGUGUAUUCUUGCACUGCAGUCCCCACUGUUCGUUGUACAGCAAUGCUUAUUGCGUUGACCCUUUGGCUCUCUGAAAGGGGAUGACAGCAGUAGAAAACUCUGCUCAAGAAGACUGACAACAUAAUCUUGUGUGAAUGAAUACAAAACCCCACUUAUGCCACAGCAGCUGUGGGGUGGUCUCAUUACAAUGGGGUCGCUGGAAUUCCAACUGGGAGGAUCCUCCAUGUUCCUGCAACAGGGCAGAAGAAGAGUGUCGCCAGCAUCAACACACCAGUUCAGGAGUUUGGGAUCCUCUGGCUUUGAUGCUGCCUCUAUGAAAAUCAGGGGGCCUGCAGAGCCCUAGCAGGUAGCCCAUGCCUACCUACCCCUUUAAUAACACAGAGCUGGCCUUUGGGAGACCCCAGACCCCGAUACACCAUCUCAAGUCAGGCUGUGCCUCCAUGUUGCGACUGGGAGCCACUAAAACUUCUUUUAUAUUCAGCCUCGCAUGGGUAUCUGCCAGUACUGUUCUUUGUGCUGGAGGACUCCGGAUUUGGACUUGACCAUUACAGAUACGUGUCCCUUCUCCCCUAAAGAGGCAAUAAUGCACACACUUUUCAUUAAAAAGCACCUUGAGGUGGGACUAUAUGCCUCAUGCUUAUUUUCAGUGCUAUGAGACUUCUUAGGGAACGAUACAUACUGGCGCCACACCUAACGGCUAACUAAUAUUGCUUACCUACAGCAGUGGCUGAAGUUCUUGUAACCUUUCUCUCCUGAAAGGAUGGCCUCACCAACCCAGGUACCAAGAUACAGCUCCUCCAUUAAAUUACUCGGAGAUACAGGAGCACAUCUGACACAGUGCAGCCUGCUGGUGGUGGUGUGUGUGAGUGCACACCUUUGUGCAUACACAUGUACAAGCUUUUAUAUGCAUUCCUUCCUACCCACACUUGUAAAGCCACAUCUGAAUUUCUGUAACACUCAGUGGUUAUCUCACAUGUAUCUACUGUAAUGAAAUGUAACUCAGGGCCUUGCUUCAUAAAGGUAGGUCUGCUUUUGUUUGUACAUUUGCCUAGGAAUACUUGUUAGGGUAGGCUCUCCAGGUUCGUGGGAGUCUCUCACAGCGACAUAGGGAUUUACUUUGCGUUGAAUGUUGCUGCUUUCUGCCAGCGUUCUCUCUACCCAGCCAGGACUUGAAAGAAGUUCCCUACAGGAUGCUAACAUUGGAUAGGACUCAUCUGAUCUGGGUGAUAUUCUUGCCUACUGUGUAGGAAAAAGUGGUUUCUCAUUUUGAGGGGAAAAGAGGAAAAAGCUCCAACAAGCUUCCUAACCAACUCUGCAUACUAACAUAACUCAACCCUGCCCUGAGUUGGACAGGUUUGUUCUUCCCUUUUGCUCUGUCCCGCUGCAAGCUGUACCCAUUCCCUUACCGCUCUAUCUAUGCGUGUAGUUAGCAGGGCAGACCAAAGUCUGAAAGCACCGUGCUGUCCUCUUUGGGGGAUGUUUUGUUGCUCAAGUUGUUUGUCUUGCUAGGACACAGCAAAAAAAUAUUCCAUCCAUUUCACUUUUUUCUAGCAGGUACAUAUUGAGAGAGAAAUUGCUGGAGGAAAUAGGAGGACUAAAAGCAGUUUAUAAAUGACUGAGCUAUGAGAGGCUAAGGGAUCAAGUUGCUAGUAAAAAAUAAGACACUGCUCUCUUUCUACUCCUGCAGUGUCAUGCUGCCCCGUCAGCUUUUUUACUGCUUUCCCGUUGUAUGAAAUGAAAUGGGAACUUCAGAACAUUCUUAUGGAGGGUUUUUUGACAGAGAAAAGAUGAGGUGGGUGACAAGGAAACAAUACUCUUUGCACUUGUGCAUUCUGGUUGCAAGCAGAAGGUAGGUGACACAGAAAGCAGUGUUUCCAAAAGGCAGCCUGACCUUAUUGCAGGACUUGGUGUAUGGGCAAUGGUGCCUCACAUUUUUCAAGUUUCCUUUUCGCUCAGUCUAUGCUUGUUCUUUCCAGCACAAACUACUAGCUUCUUGCAGGUGGACCGCCCUCUUUUUGUAUCUACUUUGCUCAUUUUCAGCAUUGUGCUUCCCUCCCUGCUAUAACCACAAUGCAUUUCCACCUUACCAACCACACCACAGCUCUGACAGUUGUACUGGCACGUUUUCCCUCUGACCAUCCCAUGCUCUACUUCUGCUCCUGACUGAUGAUCGCACAGCCUCCUGGAGAAGGGUUUGUCUUUUGCACUGUGCCAAACCUUUCUACAUCACCAAAGACUCCUGUGACACUUUAAGUAACUCCUUCUAAAGGAAACAAAAAGUUUCACUGACAGGUAUGUCUAGCAUCAGUUUGUUUUUAUAUUCUUGAUGGGCAGGUUAUUUGGUUUAUUUUUUCCAUAAGCACUUAUACUAUGAAUGAUGUUUUCUAUUGCCUUAUGCUGUAUUUGGUGAAUUGCACACAAACGGUUUCUGUGAGACCUUUUCAGCUUAGUAUCUGGGUCUUUGUACCAGGUGAGCUGCUCUGUUUAUCACAGGUAUUUUGUAUAUAACAUUUUUUCCUGGGGUUCCUCCUUUAAUUGUAUUAAAAAAUAAAUGGUAAACUCAAUGUCCUUUCCUCAGUAAUAAAAGAUGUCUGUUCUAUGUGCUGGGAA